CAACCUGGGAGACCAGUGCAAUAUUCAACACAAAGUGCACCGAGGGCUGGAGUCCUGUCCUGCUCCAAAAUCCACUCCAGUGCUUCGGGGCAGCCAUAAUAGUGUUCACUAUUGUGUGCGGCUGAGGGAAGGAGAAAAAAAGGAGGGAGCAGAGGGGGGAAAGAAAACCUGUCUCUUUGUGUGGAAGGACUCAGCAGGAAAGUGAUUUUGUGAUUAUUUGACUUCGCCUCCAAAGUGAGGCUCUUCGCCCCGACCUGCAGCAGGAUCCCGUCCACUCCAUGUGCCUCUGCUGCCUCACGCCAGAGUCACAUAUGAGUGUUCUUGUCGGGCCGGCAAACAGCGACACCCGGGCUUCUCCUGAUGAUGAGAGCCGACGUCAGACCGGUUUUCAUGAAUAUUGAUGUGGAGGAUAGUCUGUUUCAUAGAAGAACAGAAGGAGGCAAGAUGGCUGCCCUUUAGGAUUUGUUAAAGAGGAGAUCCAGACGGUUUGUUGGAAUUUCUACAAAGUGGAGGGACAUAAAACGGAGGACGGACAGAGGGCAGCCCUGUGUAUGGACUCUGAGCAGGCCAGAUGGAAACAGGACAGGCCAGACAUGAGACGGAAGAAAAUCUGAUAUUAGCACAAUUCAACACGCCUCGCGACAUCUCCCACAAACUGCAGAAUGGAGGCCAGUCUACAGAGGGAGAUUCUAUGCAGAUCACUGGGGACUCGAACUGGAACAAUUAUAAGUCCAGUACAGGUGCUAACUCUUUGAAGAGACACAGGGAAAACUACAACAACCCUGCUUCAAAGCAAGGGCUGUUUGAUCAAGGACCCUACAUGAUGAAUGGAGAAUUGAUGAAUGGAGAGUUAAACCACGUACCGCAGCAAUCCUUAUUGGUCCACCAGUCCAAGAAAAUGAAAGUAGAUUCCGAGAUGAAAGGAAAUGAUGACAUGAGCUCUAAUUUGGUGGACAACUUCCCAGAGUUGACAAAGGCAACAGAAUUUGAACACAGUUCUCCACAAACGGAGAUUAAGUUAGAUAAGAGGAAUUGCAAUUUUCCUAAUGGAGAUAUUUUCUGUCUACCACGAAAUAAACAAGUUUCAAAUGGUGCUGUAUCACCCUCCUCAACCAUAGAAAGCACUCCGGGUGACCUGUUAGAGAAAACUUUGUCUCAGUAUUAUCCUGAGCAAGUGUCCAUUGCACCACAAACAUCUGGGUCAGAAUCAAAUGCUGUCAAUGGUUCACUGGCCAGUAAGCUCUCCAGUGAAGGUGCUCAAUCCCCUUUAACCUCAGGAUUGCCCAAUUCAGUACAGAUGCCUGACUCACAGCAACAGCACCCAGGGGUAUCUGGAAAUUCUGAAGAAGGUAACAAUUAUAACUCCAUCAACUAUGUAGUGAAUGGAUACUCCAACAAUUUUGGAGCAGACCACCAGCAGCAACAACAACAUCAGCAGAGGCCACCAUCUUACUCUGGUCAGGAACUGUCUCUAGGGCAGUUGCAAGGCAUGAUCCAAUCUACAAAUAGUGGUAACAACUCACAACAGCAUCCAAAUAAUGCACAGAGUUAUCCAGAUGACGCAAAUCCUAAUGGUGUAUAUGUGAAAGCCCACCAGGAGUUUAACCACAACUCUUUCCUGGAGAGCAGCAACCCCCUACAGGCAGGAGAGGCAGGUGGAUAUGGAUCCUUUCCCAACUCUGGGAUGCAAAAUAUGGGGCAAAGUGAGAAACCCGGACCUGGUCACCAUCCGUAUCAAGGCAGUGACAGAGGCCUUCAGUAUGGGAUUCAACCUCAGAAUUUCCAAGAAAAUUCUGGGAACCCACAUAUUGCUGACAGCUCGGGACCCAUGGGGCACCAUCAGCAACAGCCACAUGACACUAGGUUAGAAAAUGGGAUGGAGAACACAUCUCAGCCGAGAGUCAACCUAUCUUGUUCGACUCUUAACCAGAGAGGCUGGAUGGAUCUAAAUUCUUCACAUUCCCAGCAGCAGUCAGCAAGUGGCCCAACAUCUCAGGCACAAAAGCAGGACAUGUGGAGGGGCUUCCCUUCUAAGCCUCAGUCAGAACAGCAAACAGCUAACCCCCAGGUUCAGAGCCAGAUGUCAGAGUCAAACCCAGCACAACGAUUCCAGACACAGAGAGUUUUCACAGACAACAGUCAUGGGUCCAACAGCUUGCAGAAGAAAGAGCAGAACUGUCAACCAGCCAAAACACAUUGUGCUCCAGUCCAGCACAACACUGCCCCUGAGUGGCAGAAGUCAAAUUCUAAAGCACCUCAAAUACAGCAGCCCCUACACCAGAAAAUGUCUGAGCAGCUUAACUUUCCUCAAAAUACACAAGCAGACAACCGCUGCCACUCCCAGAUGCAGUCAGAGCACUUACGUGAAGACACCGACCUCCAUGAUAUACUGUCACCUGGAUUUUUGGCAACACAACAACAGCAGCAACAACAACAACAACAGCAGCACUGUCACCUUCAACGUCCACUGUCCCAUCCGCCCCAGUUUGAAGGGCAGCAACUGAAGUCUCCCAAUUACAGACCUCACAGUCAGCCUCAGCCAGGCCAACAACUGUGUCAAACAAACCAACCUCUGAGAAGCAAUUCUACUCAACCAAGCAACCAACACAUCCAGCACAGUGACCAUGCAGCAUUUAGUUUUAAUAACACAGCAGAAAUGCAGCAUCAUCAAAGGCAGUAUCCACCAAACUCAGGCAGCAGUAACCUCAAGCAAUUUCAACCACAGCAGCCUAAUAACCACUGCCACCAGCCCAACCAUGUGGACUUUCCCCAGACCUCUACACAGUCACAACCUCACUUACCACAAGGUGCGUUAAACCAACAGGUGACAACACAGAUGUAUCUGAAAGCUGAACAGCAGCAGAAGACAUCUUGCACUCAGUUCCAAAGGGGACCUCGACUACCUCUGGGACCUGUAGGUCCCCAUGUAGACUUUCAACGGCAUGCAGCACUGCGUAUGCACCUGUUACAAAGGCAGGAACGCCAAGGCCCUCCUCAUCCCUCUGUAAGCACUAGUGACCCCAAACAUAUCCCAAGAACUGUAAAAAUCGAAAAUGGACCCAGAUAUGAUCGUCCUGGUUCGGAGCAGUCACAGAUGCAAGAAGCAUGCAUGGGUGGAAUGCAAGUCAAGCAAGAAAAUGAACAAUCCCUAUGUGAGCAAAACAAGAAGCAGGGAAGCAUCCUGGCCUCUAUGGAACAAAGCCUGAGGCAGUACCAGCUUUCACCUGUGUAUGAGAAAAAAUCGUUCGUUAUUAAUUCAUCAAAUAAAGUCAAAGUGGAAUCUUCUGGACCGGUCACCAUCCUGUCAACCAACACUGAUCUUAGUGGAGUAGAUUCAUCAGCAGCUUCUUUAUUUAACGUGGCUCUUAAAAAACCACCUGAUUCCACUCCCAAGAAAGAACAACUCUUACAGAGUUUUAUGGAGUCUCCUAUGAAGCUAUUGGAUACCCCUAUAAAAAAUCUUUUGGAUACCCCCAUGAAAACACAGUAUGACAUUGCAUCCUGCCAUUGCGUUGAACAAAUCAGCGAGAAGGAUGAAGGUCCAUACUACACUCACUUGGGGUCAGCACCUAGUGUUGCUGGGAUUCGAGAAGUGAUGGAAAAAAGGUCUGGCCUAAGUGGUCGAGCCAUCAGGAUUGAGAAAGUAAUCUACACCGGCAAGGAAGGAAAAAGUACACAAGGGUGCCCCAUAGCAAAAUGGGUGAUUCGUCGAUCCAGUGUGGAAGAAAAGCUACUGGUGUUGGUGCGGGAACGGAAUGGUCACAGAUGUGACACUGCCUGCAUCAUUGUCGUAAUCCUGGUCUGGGAAGGCAUACUACCCAGUCUGGCUGACCGCCUCUAUCUCGAGCUGAGUGAAACUCUAACAAAGCACGGAGCCCACACCCAGCGUCGAUGUGCUCUCAAUGAAGAGAGGACCUGUGCUUGCCAGGGAUACGAUCCUGAAGCCAGUGGGGCAUCAUUCUCCUUUGGCUGCUCAUGGAGCAUGUACUACAAUGGCUGCAAGUUUGCCAGGAGCAAAAUCCCAAGAAAAUUCAAGCUACUCGGUGACGAUAUGAAAGAGGAAGAGAGAAUGGAGCACAGCUUUCAAAAUCUGGCGAGCUUGCUUGCUCCCUUGUAUAAAACUAUGGCACCUGAAGCUUAUGGAAACCAGGUGGAACAUGAAAAUAGGGCGCUAGACUGUCGUCUGGGGCUCAAAGAGGGUCGCCCAUUCUCUGGGGUCACAGCUUGUAUGGACUUCUGUGCCCAUGCCCACAGAGAUCUCCACAACAUGCAAGGCGGCAGCACUGUGGUGUGUACUUUAACAAGGGAGGACAACAGAGAGAUUGGAAAGAUCCCAGAAGACGAGCAGCUCCACGUCUUACCACUUUAUAAAGCUUCCAAUACAGACGAAUUCGGCAGUGAAGAGGGUCAGCAGGAGAAAAUGAAGUCAGGGGCCAUCCAAGUCCUCAGUGCCUUCCGCCGCCAGGUGCGCAUGCUUGCAGAGCCUGCCAAGUCUUGCCGGCAAAAGAAGCUGGAUGCUAAGAAGGCCGCUGCAAACAAGAAUGCCAUGCUGGACAGUUCUAACGAUAAAGCAGAGAAGGCCCUCCUGGCCAAGUCAAAAGCAGGCACUUAUGAGAAUACUGCUCAGGGCACUCCCAUGGCAGGACCUAUUCCCGGUGCAGUGGGAGCAGUGGGAGCAGCCCUUCAGUUAGGUCAGCCAACACACCCCCUUGGGAUCCAUCCUCAGAAACUACAGCAACAACAGCACCUUCCCCCUUAUCCUGGGCCAACAAAUGCUGCUUUCACCAGGUUCCCAAACCACCCUGUGUCUUUUCCAAGCACUUCCAAACCAGGCGGCAUGUAUUCCCCUCAGCCACCACCACCAGCUAGCCCUUACCCUUCCCCACUUCAUGUACCAAACUCUUACAUGAAUGGAUCAAAUCGUCCAUACCCAGGUUAUCAGUGUAAUGGAGGAAUGCCCAUUGACAAUUUUCAUCCAUACUAUGCUUCAAACCCAAAGCACCUGGAGAUGUAUCGGCAACAACGGCCGCCACUCUACUCAGAGCAACAGUACGGUGUACAUCCACACUAUGAGGUCAAUUAUCCACCAAGGUACGGUGAACCCGGUUUACAGGUCAAUGGUUAUAAUGCCAGCAACAUGAGACCAGUUCACCCCAUGAGACCUUAUGGACCUUACGGCCCUAAUAGGACCCCCUCUCAAGAACAGUUUAUGGACCCCCUCUCAAGAACAUCUUCAGUGCAUGGAGGUUUAAAUUACACAGUUGCUGCGAGCAAAGGCAAUCAGUUUGGAGAAUACCCAAAUCCAUACCUCCCUCAGAGCCCUCAAAUCUUACCACCAGGACAAGAUUCUUUCCGUAUGCAAAUAAAGACAGAGAUGGGUAUGCCUGGCACACCGAUGCUUCCUGCUCAGCUGAGUGGUGGGUGUUUAAACCCUGAAACACAGUCAGUGUUAGGUCUGCCUAAUGGAAGCAUCAUGGGUCCCAGUAUUAAGCAGGAGCCCACAACACCGCAGACACCCACAACACCCAAAAAGCCAGAGAUGUGGUCAGACAAUGAGCACAAUUUCCUGGACCCUGACAUAGGUGGUGUGGCAGUGGCCCCAAGCCAUGGCUCAGUUCUUAUUGAGUGCGCAAAACGGGAACUUCACGCCACAACGCCGCUCAAAAAUCCAGAUCGCAACCACCCAACGCGCAUUUCAUUAGUCUUUUACCAGCACAAAAAUCUGAACGAGGCCAAGCAUGGUUUGGCACUGUGGGAAGCCAAGAUGGCAGAGAAGGCUCGUGAGAAGGAGGAAGAAGCAGAGAGGAAUGGUGGCGAGGGGACACCUAGCAAGAGCAACAAGAAGGGGGUAAAGCGUGAGCAUCCAGAGUCAUCAGAGCCCACAGGGGAGCCUCCCUACAAGCGUUUCAUCAAGGCACUAAUGGAGGGGUCCUUAUCAGGCACAACAAAUACAUUCGUCAGUACAUCUCCGUAUGCCUUCACCAAGGUCACAGGGCCAUACAGUCAGUUUGUAUAGAAAACAUUUAUUGAGAAGACCCUGACAGUGCUUAAUGGAAGACAAAAAAAAGACCACAAGCACUAAUGCCCUCUCAUCAGCCUCAUGUUGUGCAGUCAAACGAACAACUGAUCCGAUUAGAUAUACUAACCUUUCACAUCAGGUUGUCACCUCUUUAACAAUCGAGCUUUACUAGUUGGCCCCACGAAGGAUGUAUUUAUUUUUGUUUGGUGACUUUGGCAACAUACACAAAAUCUCUGGUGCUUUCAGUCUGAUAUCUGAGGAACUAUAUUUUAGCUGGAAACAGUUUCAUUUUUGCUGGCUUUAUUUUUCUUACAAGAUUUUGGCGAUGUAAUCGUGACAUAAAACAGUGACUUUGUAAAUGACGACAUUCACGGUGCUAUAGUGUUUGCCACAACACACUCUACGAGUGAGAUUUAAUUACUUACGUCAACGGGACACUGAAAACAUCAUCCCACUGUCAAAUCAUCAGCAUCAUAAUGGUUUUUAGCAAGUCAGUAUUUCUGAGAGCACUAUUUGAUACUGAGAAUUAAAUGUUUAUUAAAACCUGGAUAUACUGUACUGCUGCAUAGACAGCAAUUAAUUAGUAAGUUACAUUUAUGAAUUUAUAAUGGGGUGACUGAGUUCACGGAAAACUAUUUUUUAAACGUAUCAUUAUGUUGGUGCUUCUUUCAUUCUCUUUAUACUGUAAAAUGAGCCAUUCGUAUGGUUCAUUUUUAACAUUUUAAGAAAAAAAAACCUACAUUUGUGUUAUUUUAUGUUUUUCCAGAUUUACUUUGUUGACAGCAACUAAUUUUAAUGUUCCUUACAGCAGGUUCAUUGAACAAACCUGGUUUGUGAAUAUUACACGUAGUUUUAUGUCUGUUGUGCUUAUAAAAUGUGCUUUCUAUACACUGAGGAACAUAAAACAGGGUAAGCUCAGUGUCAGUUUCGGAGGGCAGCUGGCUUGCUGUGGGGUCUUUGAUUAUUGUAAUCUAACUGUAAUAUAAACAUGUGAGAUUUGUACAGUAAAUUAAUUAAUUGCCCUUUUUUGGAAUUACUGUUUUAGAUUUUCUGUAAAGAAUGCUAACAGCAUAUUUUGUUGUAUUUCUUUGGGUUUCAACAGAUUUUGUGUUUUUUUUUUGUUUUUUUCAUAAGGUGCUAUUCAACCUACUAGAAACGUACAAUGUGAGACUCUUUGGACAAUAAGAAGGCUUUUAAAUAAUGUACAGUACCAACCAGUCAUAUACCUCAAAAACAAGUUAGGCAAUAGGAUGAGAACAUAUUCUUCUUCAUCAUUGUAUAUUACUUUAAAUUUGUUAAUAACAUGUUCAGGCCACCUAAAUCCAUAACAGUUCAUUCAUUACUUUCUCAUCACUGCUGGAAAGUAUUAAAUUAACUUGAUUCUUUGACAUUACUGUAAAAUCAGGGACAUUUUCAACUAAUUUUGUAUACACUUUCAUUGCCUGUGUUCAUCAUGUCUUUUGCAUUCAGGGAAUUGCCAUUGCAUCCUGAAUCAUCCCAACAGAAUUUAUGUCAAAGUCAUUUUGUGAUGGAAAAAAAAAUAGGUUUUCCUGCAAGUCCCUACUUAUAUUUUAGCUGGUAGGAUGGUGGUAAUCAUUUACAAGAAAUUUGAUCAUAUAUGCACUGAGUUGACUAAAGGGAAUGAUAAAAAGCAUCUAUUUGCUUUUGCUAAGAGGCAAGAAUAGUGAUUAAUGUAGUUGCACAUCGCUGUGCCUGUGUAUAGUUGAAUUUAUUUAUAACCACUAAGCAAUUGUACAAUGGUUUAUUCCCUGUUUAUUUGAUUUAAUUAAUGUGAUAUAUAUAAUUGAACGACAGUCGUGUCAUAGCAACAACUCACCCCACUUUUACACAUUCAUUUGCUGAAAGCACUUCAUUUCUUUUUCAGGAAAAAAAUAUGUAAUAAAGACUUACAAAACAUUUUAUUUAAAGUAAUUGUAUAUGUGUUAAAAAAAAUUAAAUAAAUUAUGUCACAUUGUACAUACCAAGAAUUUGCGUUGCAGGAGUAUAACUCUUUCUUUAAUGUUGAUGUAGGUUCUCUUUGUCAAAUUUACCCGCGGCUCCUCAUAUAUCAAACUUUAAAAAUACUUUUGGCUUUUUGGGGUUGACGAAAUGAUAUUGGUUAGAAUAUCCAGGAAGUUUUUGUAAAUAUUACACUCACUGUCAUGGCAAUGUUUACAGUUAGAGUAUCAUGUUAGCUCAGUCAUUAGAAGUUCAAGUUUUUUUUUAAAAACUGUUUUGUAAAACAAAUAUCCAUACUAAAAUGUUGAAUUUCACUGUACAGGACCCAGCUACAGUAGCAGGUUGCCGUUCGGAAAGGCAAGGUGCCGUAAGAUAGCGGGUUAAAAGCAUAGCCAUACUUGAAGAUGCUUCAGAGUGUUUCUGAGUGAGUCAACAUUACUUGAAUGACUUUUUUUGCUUAACAGGCGCACUUCAUGUGCCAGCUCAAGAGUUAAGCGAACAGUUCAUACACACUUGGCUUUUUGCAGUUUGACACUAAAACACACACACAGACACACACACACACACACAUAUAUAUAUAUUAAAAAAAAAAAAUCAACUGUUUUGCCUGUCAUUUUACUUUUUAAGGCUUCCCGAGUUCUCCUGAAGUUUGGUAUGCUACAAAAAAAAUGAAUUAAGGAUGGGUAUUAAUACUGUAAGUAUUGUAAUGUACUGAAUGCAGUUUAUUUGAAAGCUGUUUAUUAUAUCAUUCCUGAUAUUGCUGAUAUGUGGGUGUUUUUUUUUUAAUAAAAUUUAUAUUUAUUUAAAGCA